CAGUCAAUAACAUUAGGAUAUACAAUGGUUAUUGGGUUAAUGGAUUUCGGUUUCAUACUAUCGCAUAUAGACAAAAUAAAAAAACCAUGAAUAGCGAUGUUUGUGUGAAGGGAACCAUUUUCAAUGAUGAGUCAGAUUAUUAUGGGAGUUUGAAGGAAAUAAUUGAGUUUCAGUAUUUUGACUCAUAUGUUCAUCAAUCAGUGAUUUUGUUCAAGUAUGAACCAUUCAUAUUGACCAGUCAAGCUCAACAAGUGUUUUAUGCCCGUUACCCAUCUCAAAAUCCUUGUAGAAAAGGGUGGUUUGCUGCAUGUAAGAUUAGAGCAAGAGCAAUAAUUGGCACUUCAUCAUUGAUUAAUGAUGGAAAUGUUUAUUAUCAAGACGAUGAUCCUCCUAUGCCACAAUUGGUGCAACCCUCAAUUGCUUUAAAUGAUCAUGUUUCACUAGCAUCUCAAGGGGGAGAACAAGUGGUGAUUAGUAAGGUCAUGCAAUUGCCAUAUGUGGCAGAGGAAGAAUGUGUGGGUGAGGAUGAUGAUGAAGAGGAAGAGUUUGAUGGAACGGAAACAUCAGAAGAAGAAGAGCAACCCACUGUUACUCAACCACCAUUGGACGAUAACCAAUACACUAGUGAUGAUGCAACAAUGGAGGAGGAUACUAAAGAGCAUAAUUUGGAGGCUGAGUUGGAUGCUGAGUUUGUUGUGCUUGAUCCUAAGUUAGAUGCUAAGUUGGAGGAGGAGCUAUCAUGUGCUGUCUCAAAGACAAGACGUGGCAUGGAUAAAGGAGAUGACGCUCUUGCAGACCCGAGUCAAAGGAAGGUGAACGAUGCUCACCAAAAAUAUGUGGAGAAGCAUGGGCCAAACAAGGAUUCAUGGCCAGAAUGGGAUCUACUUAUCGGGAAAGAGGUGGUUGGACCUCCUAAAAAGGGUCAGAUGAAAGGGAUGUCGACAUUACAGGAUCUAGCAAAGCAUGGCAUCCCUUGGCUACGGUAUGACAUGAGUGAGGCCUCCUCUUCUACCACCAAGAUUCUUAUGACACAGACUGGUUAUCUUUCUUCUGCACCACCCCAGAUUGUUGAUUCUUCUUUUGGAGGAUUUAGACCUGAUCACUUACCAUCUCCUACUUAGAGACAUUGAUAUUUUAAAUUUAUAUUAUAUAUGUUUAUAUAUAUGUACUGCAUAUGUAUAUACAUGGUGUGUAGGAUUAGUAUAUAUUUAUUAACUUAAACUAGUUUUUAGUUAUGUAGUAUUUGAGUUUAAAUAAGUAAAAUAUAUAACAUUAAUAAAAUUUAACAAUCCUA